AUGCCUCCACGCGGGGCCGCCGCUUCCGUGCUGACCGCGCCUCGGGGUCGUCGGCAAUCAUAUUUCACAAUGAUCCCCCAGCGGUUCAAGAAGACGCGCCUGCCGAGGGGCCUCUCGAGUGUCACAAGGGCCACCUCAGGGAAGAGACUGUCCGACGUCCAGCGCCAGUUGUCACAGCACCGCACCACAAUCACGGAGCGACUUUCCCACGCGAAAACUCCAGAGCACCACUGGUCAAAAAGAUGGGCGACGAACUUGUCGUCGAGAUGGGAGUUCGAGACGCUGGUCUCCAUGAGCAUUUUCUUGAACGCCUUGUCAAUUGGAGUCAGCUGUGAGUGGGGUUUACAGAACCCGAGUUCAUCGCUCCCGCUCGUUUUUGUUAUUCUGGAUUGGGUGUUUCUUGCCAUAUGCGCGUUUGAACUAGUUCUCCGCAUGUUCGUGCAGGGACGAAGGUUCUGGUACCUCAGAGACAGGAUGUUCAGCUGGAAUAUGUUUGAUUUGUCUGUGAUCGUGCUGAUCUUGCUGAAUGAAUUGAGCCUCUUUGAUUUGAGACUGUCCGUUGUGCGUGUCUUCAGGGUCCUUCGACUGGUGUACGUUGUUCGCGUAGUCCGGGUGAUGCCAUGGUUCGAGGAGCUAAGGCUAAUGAUUGAUGGCAUCAUGAAGUGUGGCAAGACUUUACUGUGGUCCUCAAUCAUACUGCUAUUCUUCACUUACGUCUACGCCAUCGUGUGUGUACAACUAUCCGCCGAUUGGAGCUCGAUGGCCAACGAUGCGAGCGAACCGACCCACGCGACCAUAUUGUUUCUGCAGGAAAACUUCCCCUCGCUGGGCUACAGCAUCUACACGCUCUUCAAAGCAGUCACUGGGGGGGUCAGUUGGGGCGAGGUGUCGGACCCCCUGCAAGAUGUCAGCCUCGCGUUUCUGUUCUCAUUCCCUGUCUACAUUGUCGUAACAAUGUUCUGCGUUCUCAACAUCAUCACUGCAGCAUUCGUAGAGGCCGCGUCGCGCAAAUCGCAGGAUGCAGAGGAGGCUGCGUUGCGCAACAUCAUUCAGAGAACCAUAUGGAUCGAUGCGAUCAAGAGCAUUGUUGCAAAGUUCGACCACGACAACGACGAUACUCUCAACUGGGCAGAGUUCUCGCAGAUCAUGAACGACUGGGAGACCCGUGCGCCCCUCGAGGACAUGGGCAUCGAUAUGACUUUCCAGCGCGCCUCACUGUUGUUCAAGUUGUUCGACUGGAACCAGGAUGGACACAUCGACGUCGACGAAUUUGCCCAGGGCGUGCACCAUCUGAAGGGGGCGGCCCGCAGCCUGGACAUGUACCGCCAGUUCGUGGAGCUGUCGAGAAAGAUUUCUAGCCUCCAGCGCAUGGUGGAGCAACUCUCGGCAACCUCUGGCGCAGGCCAGCCACGUAAUUCCCGGAUCUUUGGCUCAGAUCGAAGGUCGUCGCUCCCAGAAACGCCGGCCUCAGAAGCUUGCGAUAGCUGCUAG